AUGGUGGAAAAAAAUGAGAAGAACGACCUCUACGAUGAAAUCCAGCUGACCGGGCUGAAAUAUUUGAAGGAGAAGAAUGUGGCUGUAAGGUGCAUCUGGGGCGCUGUAGUCGUGCUUUUUAUUGCCCUCACCAUCUAUCAGAUACAAAGUCAGUUGGCCGACUUCCUGGAAUACCCGGUGGUGACGAACAUCGAGGCCGAGUACCCGGAGAAGAUAUUCUUUCCCGCUAUCGCAAUUUGUAAUAAUAAUCAAUACAGCCUCGGCUACCUGGCGACCGAAGAUAUUCUGGAGCGCUUCCCAGAAGAACGCGACAUCGAGUUUGGCUGGCCGCUUUUUAAGACGGUGCUCGUCUACAACCAGACCGAGAUCCCGGUGUCGACGGCUAGUGGGAUUAGCGUGGCUCCAGGGCAAUCGACAAAUAUACCCUUGAAAAUUGUGCAUCGCACCAAACUACCCGGCACUGGAUGCCGCGUUGAAACCCAAGAAUCGCUUGACGCAUCUAAUGACUAUUUCAAUGGCAACAAUAUACGAUCCUGCCACGGCCGCAUCUACCAUCAGGAAUUUGAGCGGAGCUGCAACUGCACGUUCCGUCAUUUGUACACCGGAUUGGAUGUAAUCCCGGAAGGCGAUAUCUGUGACGUUGAGCAGUACUUUACCUGCAUAUUGUAUGUACAGGAAAAUAUUGCCGCGCUGACGGAAAACCGCACGAAAACGGAAUGCAGACCUACUUGUGAGCAAGUGGAAUUUCUAGCCCAGCAGGACACCAGCGAGCUGCCGAAAAACCUGAUGCCCCUCGACUCGCUGAUCGACACCAAAAUUUUCGAUAAAAGGAUCACCACCACCCAGCAGCGGCUUGUCGGGGUGGGCCCGGACGGGAAGCGCAUCUUCAAGGAGGAGCCGGUCGACUGCGAAAAGUCUGGGUUUCUGACGACCGAACAGGUUGGCGAAACUCUGCGCGCCCGGAUGGAUGACGUGAUGGAGAAGCGGUCCCGGUACGACGACGUCGAGCAGCGCGAGUUCAAGCAUUUGGCUGACAAUUUUUACGAGGCGAAAAAUAACCUCAAAAAACUGGGCUUCCCCUUGCGAAACCCUAACGACACGGAUCCGAACGACAGCCGGUACGACCGCACCGACUUUGGGACGUCGGUGCUUGACGCUGUUAGGGCCCGGAUCGUCGACGAGACGCCCCUGGCCCUUCUGAAGGGCAAGGAAUUGAAGGAACGCCUCGAAGCGAGGGUCGCCGGCAAAAGAGCCGGGCCCGACCCAGUGUGUAUGGAAUGGGUACUGCAUGGUUGGGACGACGGACGGCUGAACGGGACGCAGGGACGCGCGUUGUUGCUCACGAACUUCUGUUCGAACAAGGCUACGACAAGCUUGUUUUGGUGGCUGGGAGAGGCGACGAAAGACCAAUUUGCGCUCCUCGUCGAUGCCGUGAACCUCGACUACUUGUUCGACAACAAAUUCCCAAAGCAUUGGCGACAGCCGAUCGACAAAUUGCUGGAUGACGCCUGGAUGGCUCUUAUCCACGACAUCGAUGCUAUUAGUGACGCGAUGCAGGAAGCCCACAGCAACAACGACAGCCUGUUCAGCAACGGCACGAUGGACGAGGUCGCGGCAAAAAACCAGGAUUGCUUUGUGAAGCUGAUCUCGGCUUUCGAUAACCUGAGAGCCGGGCUCGAAUACAAUUAUUUGGAUUAUUUGAAAUCCUUCCACGUCGCCUUCUCCGACCAUCUCAAACGAUACCACAACAAAUUCAAACUGGACGACGAGUUCAAGAAGCAAAACAUGGCCGUUGUGAACAUCUACAUCCGGUCGAAUACGAUCGAGAAAUGGACUCAGAAGUGGCAAUAUACUUUUUGGAGUUUGGCUUGUGACGUCGGCGGUGCCCUCGGACUGUUCAUUGGAGUCUCCGUAGCCUCAUUACUCGAAAUUUUCUACGUCCUCUACAGGCACCUCCAGCAGCGAAAACGCCGAAAGCAGUACGAGAGCAAGCACGAGAUGGAGCUGAAUAAAUUGGAAAAGGAG